CAGUUGAGUUUUCAAACGUGAUAGCAUCCUUUCAGAAUUACACCAACAAAAAAUUCUAAAAAAUAAAAGCAAUUUCUUUGAAAAUGUCUUUCUAUUUCUUUGGAGCUUAAGAAAAUUCGGCGCGAUUUCCUUCCACAAUUUAAGGCCUUACGAGUUUCUUACAUUUUUGAGACAUCUUUUUUUCGUUUAACGACAAAUUUGCGUGCUAAUCCUCUGUAAGUCUCAAUGUUUGCGGCGGAAUUAGAACAAGAAUUGGAGGACUUUCCUUAUGUCAUUGGCGAGUACGAAAGACCACGCAUUGGUUUCGGCUCCAGUGCGGAGCGUUUCGCACGGAAGUCAACUGUGGCAAAGGGACGAAAAGUUCGUGGGAAAUUUAGACUUGAACAACAACAGAACAAAAGCACUGCACCUACUCUACUGCAUAAGUAUCCCUCCAAAUGUGGAUACAGCGCGCUGGCUAAUCGUAGUCCACGCUUUAAUCCAUCAGCCUAUUCGAAAAAUCCCGCACCAAAUGCUUACGAUUACUUGCACAAGGAAGCUGAAUUGAAAAUCUGUUAUCCAUUUAAUGCCAGUGAACCGAGACCAAUGCCGAAAUGGGCCAAACGCACCGGACCAUCACCCUGCGACUACUAUCACUACAGACGUCGUGAACAACCCGUUGAGAUGGCUUUCGGCCAUCGGCGUUAUAUAAUACCCGCCUACGCUGUCUUUUGUGGCCCUGAAAAUAAAUCGAAAUGUUAUAAAUGUCAAAGUCGUCCGCUCGGUGAUUAUUAUCAUAAUUUCAAUACCAAAACGGAUCUCUGCCGGCCGUGCAUGAAUGCCGAGUUGCGUUGGCUUAAUAACUGUAAGGUGGGCCGCCGGUUGCGUGCACGUCGUCUCAUGGAGUUGGGCUGCUUUAAGCCGUCGCGUUGGUGUGAUUUCUUUCACCGACAUCAUGUCGGCACUUGGUUUGUGGAAAAAUAUCCACGACUCGUGCUGAGGAAGAAGAAUAAUAUUGAAAAUUAUUUAGAAUCUUUUGAUAAGCUGACGAAGUGGUAUGUAAAUUAUUGAGGGGGAUAGAUUACGUGGCAAGGUAUAAAGUUCGAAAAUUCGAAAAAGGAGUGAAAAAUUAAAAAAAACAUUACAAACAAAAUUUUAUGUA